UUGUUAUUUAUAUUUGUUAUUAGUCAUCGGCCGUUUGGCUUGAGUAUUACUAGUAUAUAUAAAGAGAGAGAAGGGAGAGAUGAGUGGUGAACAGAUUAUUAGCUGAGUAUACUAUUAUUAGCUUAGUACUACUAGAGGUAUACUAAUUAAGAGAGAAUUAAGGUAGGAAAUUAUGGAGGUGAGAAGAUCAAGAUCAUUGAUAAUGUUGACGUUGGUAAUAAUGGUUUUGACGGUGAUGGGAAAUUUUAGGGGAUAUGAUGCGCAGUUGACAGAGAACUUCUACGCCGAGACUUGUCCAAACGUUGAGUUCAUCGUCAAACAAAGUGUUUCUACAAAGUUUAUCCAGACCUUCACCACUAUUCCGUCUACUCUUCGCCUCUUUUUCCACGAUUGCUUUGUUGAGGGAUGCGAUGCGUCAGUGAUGAUUGCGUCACCAAAUGGGGACGCAGAGAAAGACUCCGACGACAAUCUCUCAUUGGCGGGAGAUGGUUUUGAUACGGUUAUCAAGGCCAAGCAAGCUAUCGAAGCUCAAUGCCCCGGCGUCGUCUCCUGCGCUGACAUUUUGGCCCUUGCCGCCAGAGAUGUUGUCGUUUUGGCCGGAGGACCUGAUUUCAAAGUAGAAUUAGGGCGCCGCGACGGGCUAAUCUCAAAAGCAUCUCGAGUCACCGGGAAGCUGCCGCAGCCAACCGCCCAUCUGGACGAGCUCAACUCCCUCUUUGCCAAAAACAAUCUUACACAACUAGACAUGAUUGCAUUGUCCGGAGCACACACACUAGGGUUUUCUCACUGCAGCCGCUUCGCCAACCGCAUCUACUCAUUUACACAAUCGAAUCCUAUCGACCCUUCGUUGGACUCGAACUACGCCGAACAGUUGAAGGCGUCGUGCCCUCAAGAUGUGGACCCGUCCAUAGCCAUUGAUAUGGACCCUGUGACUCCAAGGGCAUUCGACAAUGCCUACUACCAAAAUCUGGUUAACAAGAAGGGUCUGUUCACUUCAGAUCAAGUGCUUUUCUCUAUCUCGGAAUCUCAAUCUACUGUACAAGAGUUUGCCAACAGCCCGGAUGCGUUUAAUGGUGCCUUCAUCACGGCGAUGAUCAAGCUCGGUCGGGUUGGUGUCAAGACUGGUAGUGCUGGUGAGAUUAGAAAAGAUUGCACUGCCUUCAAUUCCUAAAUAUAAUAUUUUUUGGGGGUCUUUUUUAACAAGCUUGUUUAUAUGAUUUCUCAUCACUGAAGAAAGAUUUAAAUGAUUACGUGAAUAAAAAGGCUUGAAAUAACGCCUUCUGCAUGUGGUGUAACUCAUUGUUUGGAGAAA